CAGAGCUUGCAGAGGCAGCCCCCCAAGCGCCACGGGGCAGCAAAUGCAAAAGGAAUGCAGCACUAGUCGCCGCUGAAGCUCCACGCACACGCCGUCGAGCAACAGCUCCACCAGGAGCAAAAAGCCUCUCUUGGCAGAGCAUAUCAUGCAGGACGUCGCCCCGCGCUGGUUGGGUGACGACGAGACGGCGGUCUGCCUCGGCUGCCACGCGCCCUUCGACGGCUGGAACUGGCGGCACCACUGCCGGAAGUGCGGCGGCAUUUUUUGUGAUGCGUGCUCGCCCUACAAGUGCUUGAUUCAUCCGGCGGACGUCGUCUACCCGCCGGACUGGGACUCGCUGCUGUCUACUUUUGAUCCCCGGGAACCAUUAAGGACCUGCGCCGCGUGCCGCGAGGCCCUGCUGCCGUACCAGGACGACUUGAGGAAGACGUGCUCGAACGCGUCGCAGACCACCGAGGUCGACCGCGCGGACGUGGCACGGUACCUCAACGUGCCGCUCCAGUUCGACAUGCGGUCCGAGAUCCAGAAGGCGACGCACACGCUCCUAAACUUCUGCGCCGACAACGCGCUCGAGGGCGCAUCCGACCAAGUCCCGGCCGACCUCAUCGCGUCGGCCUGGGGCCUCGCCUUCCUCACGACGAUGCAGGCGGGCUUCUUCUUCUCGGCGCGCGUCGGGAGCGGUCUGGUGAUAGCGCGGACGCGGGACGGCGGCUGGAGCGCGCCGUCGGCCGUCUGCACGGCCGGCGCGGGCUGGGGCCUGCAGAUCGGCGGCGAGGUGACGGACAUGCUCGUUGUCCUGAACUCGCAGGACGCCGUCGACGCCUUCGCGUCGACGGCGCAGAUGUCGCUGGGCACCGAGAUCGGCAUGGCAGUGGGCCCGUUCGGGCGGUCUGCCGAGACUGCGGUGACGGCUGGCGACGGCGGCGCGUCGGCGGUCUUCUCCUACGCCCACUCCAAGGGCCUGUUCGCGGGCGUCGCGCUCCACGCUUGUGUCGUGCUCGCGCGACCGGACUGCAACGAGAGUUUUUAUGGUGCGGACCACGCCGUCGACGCGAUCUUGUCCGGCGCCGUCGAGCGGCCGCGCGCGGCGCAGCCGCUCUACGACGCGCUCGACGAGGUCCUGGCCGGCGAGCGGCCCUUCGGCGAGCACGGCGAGGGCCGCGGCGAGUGGCUGGCCGAAGCGGCGGCGACGCGCGACGAGUACGGCGACGCCUCCGACGACCCUUUCGCGCCGCGCGUCGACUGCCCUUCCCAGGUCGCCGCCGACGAGGCGCUCGCGCGGCGCCUCGCCGCCGAGGACGAGCGGCCCGCGGACGCCUGGGCCGACGCGCCGGCGCCGCCGAAGGACGACGGCUGGGCGCGCGAGCGCGAGCGGCGGCGGCGGCGCGCCGACGACGACGGGCCGAGCGAGGAGCUGCGCGAGUUCUCGGGCGAGCGGAAGGGAGACGACCUCGACGAGAUAGACAUCUAA